AUGGGUCCGCCGCUGCAGCGGUGGGCAGUGCUGCACGACGCGCUGAACUACUCGACAGCCGUCUUUUGGCUGUUGGCGUACGGGGCGGUGCUGCAGAAGGUGCAGCGGGAGCGCAGUGCCUGCGGAGUAUCAUUUCAAACUUUGUUUGCUCUUGUGGUAGUUGAAGUCAGUAAUGUGUUGUUGAUUUUGAGUCUUCUGGCCUUCCACGGCAAGCCCUUUCACCUGGACUUCUUUCUGGUGGACUGCACUUCUGCGGCUGUCUCCAUUUGGGCCUUCGUGCAUCUUUUCCGCAACUUCAGGACUUCUUACGAGCAGCAGCGCGACAGCUUCGGCCUCAAGUAUUUGCGGCUGCUGCGGCUGCGCUGCUGCUGCGCUGCUGGCCACCUUUGCUGCCUCUACUUGCUGUCUUUUUUGCUGUCUUUUUCCAUGUUUUUGCUGCGCCGCUCGCCCCACGCGGCGCUGGCCCGCAGCAGCAGCAGCAGCAGCAGCAGCAGCAGCAGGGUGGCUCUCGGCCUGCUGCUGUCCCUCUGGGAAUGCUUCAAUGACAGUGUCUUGGCCCUCGCGCUGCUCCCUCAACUCCAAAUGUUCUACUCCAAAAGGCCCCGCAAAGUUUCCCAUUUGCUCGGCACUUUUGUCGCAAUGCUUUUCUGCGCCAGAGUCCUCGCCUUCCUCUACUGGCUUUCGUUCCCGCUGUUCCACCGCAGCGAGCCCACGGGCCGCGGCAUUCACCUCGCCACUGAGGCUCUUAACAUUUUAAUUUUGUUGGACUUUUUGUAUUAUUACGUCAAGGCCAAACUGGCCGGCCAGGAGGACAUUGCCUUGCCCAUUUGA